AAUGUAGCGUUUUUCCUCCUUCUUAACCCCCAAAGGUUCGACUGUAUCUCGCUUUCGCUCUUCCCCUUCUCACCCAAUUUGUAAACCCUAACCCUAAUCUUCUCUUCAUCAACCAAUCCCAAAUUCGUGAUGAACUCCACUAAAGUUCACCACUGAUUAUCCUCAUCAGUAGCAUCCGAUUCUUCUAUACGGUUCUUCAGAUCGCGGUGUUGAAGUUCUCAAAUCCGUCGAUUUUCGCUGAAAAUCUCUCCAAUUGAUCACUCGAACGACGAGAUUCUACAUUUUGGCUGAAGUUCGACGCUUGAUUUGUUCGAUUCUGCUAUAUCUCAUCCUUGAUUGAGCUUCUUGCAGUGGUGAUGCGACGAUUUCAAGAUUUGCGGAAGAUUUGGUUUCGUCGGUGUUGAAGAUUUAUGAUUUUCACGAAGAAUUUCUUGAAUUUGAAGCUUCUUUUUUGUGAGAUCGUAUCAAUUUGCUUCAAUUCGUGCUUAAUUGGAGUUACUAUUCUCUGAUUAAUCUGCUUUGAAGCCGGAUUUUGCACGUUCGAAUUGCAGAAAUCAGAAUUGAAGUUUAUUGGAGGUUUUCGCUUUCGCAGCAAAGGAAUUUACUAGAUGAGGAAUUGAAGGCGAAAAAGAGAUAAAAAUUUUAUUCUUUUGUACUUUGUUAUAUUUGAGUUUGAAGUUUAAUUAGAGGCCUUUUUUUUAAUUCAUUGGCCUUUUAAUACCCUUAGUUAGGGUUUUCAUUGCCUUUUUGUGCGAUAUUAUUUUGUUCGAUUGAUCAAUUUUUUUUGAAGGAAAGAAAAGUUAAAAAAAAUUAUGGCAGUUUAUUAUAAGUUUAAAAGUGCAAAAGAUUACGACUCAAUUUCGAUCGACGGUCAUUUCAUAUCGGUUGCCAAUUUAAAAGAAAGAAUUUUUGAAUCAAAGCAUUUGGGAAGGGGUACUGAUUUUGACCUGGUCGUUACCAAUGCUCAAACCAAUGAAGAGUAUCUAGAUGAAGCGAUGUUGAUUCCGAAAAACACUUCUGUUUUAAUACGUCGAGUACCAGGACGACCUCGCAUGCCCAUUGUUACACGACCGGAUGAGCCAAAGGUGGAGGAUAAGUUUGAGGACGAUCAACCUGCAAAAAGCAACUUCAUGGCAGCAGAUUCUUCAGGCUUUAGAGAUUUUGAGGCUUCAGAAUUAGAUGAUGAAUUUGGAAAUGAUCUAUAUGCAACAAUCCCUGAGAUGACAACAGUACAAUCAAGCAAUACAUUGCAGGACUCUGCUCCUGCUAGCAAAGCGGAUGAAGACAGCAAAAUUAAAGCUUUUAUUGAAAAUUCUGGUUUUGACUGGCAGCGUCAAUCUUCUGAUGGUUUUGGCCCUGGGAGAGGAUUCGGAAGAGGUGGAAGGGGUGGUCGAGGUUUUGGUCGAGGUGGUUUGGAGCGGAAAACACCUCCGCAAGGCUACAUUUGUCAUAGGUGCAAGGUUCCUGGCCAUUUUAUCCAGCACUGCCCAACAAACGGCGACCCUAACUAUGACGUUAAGAAAGUAAAACCUCCUACUGGCAUUCCUAAGUCAAUGCUUGUAGCUACACCCGAUGGGUCCUAUGCGUUGCCGAGUGGUACAUCCGCGGUGUUGAAACCAAAUGAGGCUGCUUUUGAGAGAGAAAUUGAAGGGCUUCCUUCUACUCGUUCUGUUGGAGAUCUUCCACCAGAGUUCCAUUGCCCGCUGUGCAAGGAAGUGAUGAAAGAUGCUGUGUUAACCAGCAAGUGUUGUUUCAAGAGUUUCUGUGACAAAUGUAUACGGGAUUAUAUUAUUUCUAAGUCAAUAUGUGUCUGUGGGGCAAGAGAUGUACUUGCAGACGAUCUUCUGCCAAAUAAGACGCUCCGGGAUACCAUUAACCGCAUAUUGGAGUCUGGUAACAGUAGUGCAGACAAUGCAGGGAGUGCUCUCCAAGUUCAAGACAUGGAGUCAGCUCGCUGUCCACAGCCAAGGAUUCAAUCACCUACUCAAUCUGCUGCCUCAAAAGGGGAGCAAAUGCUUCCUCCACGCAGCGAAGGAACUUUGACCGUAAGGGAGAGUAUGGAUGGUAUUAAGCCUAGUGAUGCUCCACAGCUGCAGUUACAACCACAGAUCUCAGAGAAAGGAAAGAUUACUAAAGUUCCAGAUGUGUCUGAAGCUACACAUGAGUCAGCUAGUGUGAAGGAACCUGCAUCACAGGGUAGUGCUCGACCUGUUGAGGAAGAAGUUCAACAAAAGGUGGCUGCUGGUGAAGCAGGAAAGAAAAAGAAGAAGAAGAAGAAGGUGCUUUUGCCUGUAAAUGCUCCAGACAUGCAGUGGAUGGGCAUGCAUCCUGGGAUGGAUGGAUAUAUGGGCCAAUCUGCCUUCAAUCCUUGUUGGCCGGGUAUGCAACCUCCAAUGGAUGGAUUCAUGGGCCCAUUUGGUGGUAACAACAUGCCCUAUAAUAUGGGUUAUGGUCUCGGGCCUAUGGAUAUGCCUUUUGGAAAUGUUAUGCAUCCAGAUCCUUUCGGAAAUAUGUUCCCUCCAGAUCCUUUUGGAGGACAAGGGUUCAUGAUGCCCCCAAUGCUUCCACCUCCUCCUCAGAGGGAUCUUGCUGCAGAAUAUGGAAUGGGAAUGAAUGUCAGACCACCAUUGAUGAGCAGAGAAGAGUUUGAGGCUCGGAAGGCUGAAGUAAGAAGAAAGCGAGAAAUGGAGAGACGGGUUGAGAGCAGGGAACCUCCGAAAAAUCGUGAUUAUGGCAGGGGGGAGCCUCCUAAAGAUCGUGAUUAUGGCAGGGAGCCUCCUAAAGACCGUGAUUAUGGUAGGGAGCCUCCUAAAGAUCGUGAUUAUGGCAGGGAAGUAAGCAGCAGCAACAACCCCCCACCCGUGAAGUCUAAACCUAAGCCGCCACCACUCAGCAGAUCCCCGAGUGAAGACCGCUAUGAAAGUGUACGUGACCGGGAGAGAGCAAGGGAGAGGGCUUCUGUUGAUCGUGACUGGGAUCGGGAGCGGGAGCGGGAGCGGGAUCGAGACCAUGACAGCCACCGACGGACUACCCACAGCAACAGGUCUGAACGGGUUUCCCCUAGCCGAACCAGACGUGACCCAGAAGUCCCACGCCCAACACUUAAAAGGAAAUCUGAACAGCAUGAGCGCGACCAUAACCAUGAACGGGAACGGGACCACCGUGUACCUAAAUCGGAACAACAUGAGCGGGACCUUAACCACGAACGGGACCGUGAACACCGUACCCAUGUCAAGUCCUCAUCUGCGAAGCCCGUAUCUGCAGAUGCAGGAUCACUGUCGUCAUUAGACAAGAAACUUAAGGCAAGUGUGUUCUCAAGGAUAAGUUUCCCGGAGGAAGAGCUUAGCAAGAAGAGAAAGGUGUCUGCCGAGCCGAAGCCAAAGCCGAAGCUCAAGCCCGUUAGUAAGGACCCUGAAGCCCACCACCAUAAGACAGUGUCUUCGUCUUCUACGGCAAAUGGGUACCAUCAUGAUACGGGGAAGAAGAGAAUUGCUGCUGUGGCAGUGGAUUAUGAGUCGAGUGAUGAUGAGCGGCAUUUUAAGAGGAAGCCGUUAAGGUAUGAGCCAUCACCUCCGCCCAGAGAGGAUUGGGUGGGUGUAGAUGAGGAGGAUGGGAGGCGGCAUCGCAAGCAUAGGUAGAGUGAUGAAAAUAAUGGGUAUUCCUCUUGCAUAUGGAAAGAAGAGUGGGAUUGCGCUACUGAUGUAAUGAGCUUAAAGUGAGCAUGCUGAUGAAAAUCUUCUUUUUGGGCUUAUUGCCCAUCUCUGUAAUAUUUUGUUAUAGUAUCUUUUGAUGAUUUUGUAAUAAAUCUGUACUUGUUUCAUCCUAAUUCUUUAUAAAAAUGAAAUUUCAUCGCA